AUGUUUGCACCACCAGAGAACGAGUUGAAGUCAGUACAGGUUUUAAGUUGGAAGAAUAUUCCAGUGUUUGAAUUCCGUAUCUUUCUUUCUGCAGGCAAGCUGACCUCAGAGCAGAUCCGAGCAGGCUACAUGGCGCUGAAGAAGAUCGAGGAGUGUCUGAAGAAGAAGGGCAGCAGUCGUGAUCUGCUGGAGGCGUGCAACCAGUUCUACACCCGCAUCCCUCAUGACUUUGGGUUGAAAACUCCUCCAGUCAUUCGUACAGAAGAGGAGCUGAAAGAAAAGAUUUCCCUGUUGGAGGCUCUGAGUGAAAUUCAGAUAGCGGUGAAGAUGGUCCAGUCGAGUGGAGACAGUGAUGAACAUCCUGUGGACCGGCAGUACUCCUCGCUCCAGUGCCAGCUGCAGCCUCUGGACUCCGGCACCAACGAGUUCCAGGUGGUAGAAAAGUAUCUUCAGUCCACUCACGCCACCACCCAUAACGACUACACCAUGACGGUCCUCGACAUCUUCUCAGUGGACCGAGCCGGGGAGACCAGCAACUUCCUCUCUCAGAUGCACAACAGGUCUCUGUUGUGUCCCUUUCUCACUUGGGAAGGAGAUGAAGGACAGUGGGAGCCAUACUCUUCUUCACGCUGUGCCUUGUUGGACUCGGCCGUCUCUUCAGGAGAAACCUCCGUCACUCUGGCCUCGAAGACGCCGUACGAAGUCGACCUGAAGAAAAUGGUCCAGAUAAAUCCUGUCACGAAGUACAAGAGGAAGAUUCGCUCUCACCCAUGUGUGUGUGUGUGUGUGUGUGUGUGUGUGCAGGUCGCCCUGGGAGACAGUAACGAGCUGGUGAUGGCCGACUACGAAGCCCAAAAUCUUCCAGCUGGGAAACACAGCGUCAAGGGCCUCGGACAGACCGGACCCGACCCCAAGAACGCUGUCACCCUGGACGGCAUGACGGUGCCUAUGGGUCCGGGGGGGAAGACGGGGGCGAGCAGCGACGGCCGUUACCACCUCCUGUACAACGAGUUCAUCGUUUACAACCCCGCUCAGACCCGCAUGAAGUACCUGCUGCGGAUCAAGUUCAACUACUCCUCCCUUUGGUGAAGCAACACAGAAAGGAGACGAAGAAAUCUGGAGGUUUUCUCUCCACAAAUCUCCAGUCAUUGUUCAUUUACAGUUAUAUUCUGGUUCUUUGGUUUAGGAUGUGACACCGUGAAGCUUUGCAGCUACUGGGGGAAUGUUUAUUUUGUGAUGGAGAGCUGCAAAUAUUUGUCAGUCGGCAACUAUCUAAAAAAAAAAAAUGUAUUCAGUCAAUGCGUUUAUCUCUGUGGGUUUUACGGCUUUGAAUGUUUAGACUUUGCAUUUUUUUUCCAGUUUGACAUUUUAUAGAAUUUUUUUGGAUUUAAAGCUCACAUGAUUGUCAGAUAAAUUAUUUGCAUUCCUACAUUAACAUCCAACACAACAUCCAACACAAAAAGUACAUUUGAAUGUUAAUUUUGAAUGUAAGUAAGAAAAAUGCUACUUUUUCUACAUUGUGUUUUCUCUCUCAAUACAACAUUGCAUCUUUGAUCUUUUUAAAGAAAGUGAUGAGACCCUGUCAAAUAUAUGCUGACUGUGUUAGUCCGGUAACUUUGAUAAGUCAAAAAGAAGUUCACGUUAUAAGAAAAAAAUGCUCGACUUUUUGACUCUUUUGUCCAUGUUUCUUUAUAUCACGUACAUCCUCACAUCUAUACAAAUGUGUUUUUUUUGCAAUGUCUGCUGCGCAUGAAACACAAAUGGCCUUCUGUGGAUCUAUUGGAGUAUCAUCGUCUGACUUUUAUAACGAUCUGGAAGUUUCUUUAGGCAAGUUGGACGUGAGCAUUUCUACUGAAUAAUUACCUAAAUUCAAGUGAAAGCCUCAAAUUGGAAGUAAACGUUUUCAUCUGUUUUGAUAAUUGUUGAGUCAAAUUUCUGUUACAAUUGUACACAAAAAACA